AGCGUCUAAUAGGCAUCAAUGGAGUCGAAAAGGCCAAAGGGUCCCUCUCAAGCAUCACAGCGAUCAGAGCAACGACACUGGCAGAGAAAAGAGGGUUAAACGGAAGGAGGUAUAUAUACAUUUAUAGACGUACUCGCGAACCAUAAGCUGAAAAUCGAAGCAAGUAUUAAAUAGCACUUUUUGGAAUGUAAAUUUUGAAUUGUGCAUAGAUACUGGAGAAGAAGAGAUCAAAGGAUGAACUGAUAAAGGCAGCUUCUGCUGAUGGCGACCCUCUCGCUUCUUUCCCUGCCUCUCGCCAUUACGAUCGAAAUGCAAUAUGGACUGGAAACUGAAGAGAAAAAGGGUCUCAUUCAUGUUGUGAGACUGUUAAAAUUGGUCAAAUGUAAAACAGUUAUUAUUAUUUAUUUUAUUGUGUAUACAGGCAAACAAAGUCAAUCUUCUGGAAGUUCCGACUCUGCCGAGCUUCAGGCAUUGAAUACCAGAGUUGCAAUAUUGAUCAGUUGUUACUGGGGACACACUUGGCACUCAAUAUAUGAUAUCAAUUUCUACUGAUCAUCAACAGUUGGAUACGGUCCCAUGGAGUAGCUUGGGUGGCAUGGUGGAUCUUGGUAUGUGUGGGUUAGACGCACGCAUCAGAGUUCGAUUCCGUGCUUGGAAUUAUAGUCACGACUGGAACAUGUAUUGGGACAUGCCAUUGUCUCCUGAUUUAUCAUGCAAAGGUGAAUGACCUCAUAUUUAACAAUUUUUCUUCCAUGCAAACUCUCACUGUCGUACACUUAUAGACACCAGAACAUGAUUGGCUUGUCGGAAAUUAUUAUAAAUAGAAUGACUUCCCCAGUUAGCAAUUUAUAAUGAA